AUGUCCACUGUUCAUUCUAGAGACCUAGGUAUCCCAGAAACCCACUUUUUUUCAAUCAGAAACAAAGGUCUUAAGCUGGAUACAGCAGAAGAUAUUCAGCCAUACAUUGACGAAUUGCUAAGCUUAAAAGACGUUGCAAAGGUUGACAUAUCCGGUAAUACCAUUUCCCCAGAAUGUUCUAAGAUUUUGGCACAAGCUCUGUAUAAAUUCAAAAAUACCAUCAGAGAUGUCAACUUGCAAGAUAUUUAUACUUCAAGAGACAGAUUUGAGAUUCCAAAAUCUUUAAGUGAGUUUUUCCCUGUUCUCUUGGAAAUGCCAAACUUAUCUGUGUUCAAUUUAUCUGAUAAUGCAUUAGGUCAAGAUGCAAUUGAUGUUUUAGAGGAUUUCAUCAGCAAAUGUAAAACUAUUGAAUAUUUUAUUUUGACCAACAACGGUUUGGGCCCAUUCUCCGGUGCAAGAGUCGGUAAAGCAUUGUACAAGUCUGCAAAACUAAGAGAAUCAGAUCCUGAAAACUCGAAGUUUUUGAAGGCUUUUUGGUGUGGCAGAAACAGAUUGGAAAACGGUUCAUGUGAGGCGUUAUCUUUGGGUUUCAAGGCAAAUUCAAAGUUGGAAGAAAUCAAACUGUAUCAAAAUGGUAUCAGACCUGCGGGUAUCUCAAAGUUAAUCAACUUUGGUAUCAAGCAUCUAUCGAACUUGAAAGUUUUAGAUUUACAAGACAAUACUUUUACUGUUCCUGGUUCCUACGCCUUGGCUAAUGCCAUUUCCACCUUACCACAGUUGAUAGAACUAAAUGUUAAUGAUUGUCUGUUAAAGGCAAAGGGUAUCAAAUUCUUUUUGGACAAGUUAGGUGAGAUUUCUGAUAAGUCAAAACUGCAGAUUUUGAGAUUGCAGUACAAUGAACUAGAGUCUGAUUCUUUAGAAACAUUGGUUAAAAUCUUGCCGAAUUUGAAAGAACUUUCCACAUUAGAACUAAACGGAAAUAGAUUUGAGGAGGAUUCUCAAUUGAUUGAAAAAAUUAAUGAAAUUUUUGAAGAGAAAGGUCUUGGUGAGUUGGAUGAGCUAGAUGACUUAGAAGAAAUAGACUCCGAUGAGGAAGAUGAUGAUGAUGGUGAUGAUGGUGAUGAUGAUGAUACAGAAGAGGCGGAAGAUACUAAGGUAGUCGAGGAAAGAUUAAAUGAAUUGGAAAGAGAGUUAGCGCAGACUCAUAUUUAA